AGUUAUCUGCGCAAACUGCAAGAAUCCUACACCAGGAAGCAAGAAAGGCAGGUCUCCACACGUGCCAGCUCAGAGGAUGUUUCAAUUCCGGCGCCCAAUACCGACUUGUCGCCCGGGCAUGGUUAGCAGAUAAACUAGCAUCGGCGAAGAGUACAGGCUAAACAGUUACAGGGGGUAUGCAUGUAUCCGGCGCGAAUGCGACCGAUGGAGAAGCUAUUACGAACCCCCUGGUGUCUGCCACUUCGUUCUAUCUUCAAGACACCCCUGGGCGAUACCGCUUUUGUGGGCCAUCAUCUACCUGGUCGUUCUCUCAACGUGUCUUUCUUUUACUAAAAACAGCGGUGCCCGAAUUUCCUGCCCCUGAACUGCCAUUUCACGUUGAUGGGACUACGUGGGAGUUGAACUGGGCACGAACAAGUCUAGAUAGUGAUCAGUUACUGGCAGGACUCCCAUCCCUCCAUGAUGCCCUAUAUCUUUUGGAGGUGGCCAAGUUUCAUUCCUACCAGAUGCUUUUUCUAUUUGACGAGGAGAAGUUCCUACCGCACCUACAUGAAUUUUACCAAAAAGGCCUCGAGAAAGCGAGGAGCUCGCCUCUUUGGUUCAUUCAAUAUCUACUAAUUAUUGCCCUUGCAAAACGCACCACCACUAAGUCAAGGAGUUCCAGCUCGCCACCAGGAUUUGUAUUCUUUGAGCGUGCCAUGUCUCUUAUGCCAGAUUGGGUUGGAUUGCACCGACGUCGUCCCAACCUGGGGAUGCAAAUCUUAUACUUGGCCGGGUUGUAUCUAGUAUCGGUGGAUAUGAAAGACGCCGCAUAUGCUUAUGUCGGCCAAUCAUUCCGGACUUGUAUCAUCGAGGGACUCCAGAAAGAGCCACCCAUCGAUCUCUUCGGCGUGAAGUUCGCAAACGAAGGUAGGAAUAUAUGGUGGACCACAUAUAUACUAGAUCGUCAGCUUUCAGUCAUGGUGGGCGCACCGUGCUCGAUCCAAGACAGCGAGAUUACCUGCUCUUUGCCUUCAUCUUAUGAUGCUUCAGAACGUGGGACGCUAUUGACAGUCCAUGUCAAGCUUUCUCGGAUUAUGGGGGAUAUUAUAAAAUCCGUUUACACAGCGGAUAGUAAACAACGGCGAUCAUUCAUCGCUACAGUUCAGUCGGUAUUAAGAGAUAUUGCAGAUAUUCUGCGGGAGAUCGAGAAUGUCUCUGCCAGGACUGCGCACCCCACCCUCCGCACAGUUUCCACUACGACCAACCACCUGUUUCUGUUGUACCAUCAGUGCAUCAUUCUGGCAACCCGCCCUCUAUUCCUAUAUUUCCUGACCCACCGAUUGAAGAAGCCCCGGGGUUCCAACGGAGCGACAAAUGAAUUUAUCCCCCCACCUCUCAGACCACUGCUGGAGACUUCUUUGCAAUCCGCCAAAAUUUCACUGAGGACCUUAAUAUCACUACAUGAGCAGUCGUCACUUGAAUCCUUCAUCCCAUUCAACCAAGACAACGCCUUCUUCUCUGCGUUUAUCGUCGUUCUCGCUUUUUUCAUCGAGCCGUCAUUAGUACCCGAUGUGGAAAAUUACAUCUCGACGGCCUCAUGGUUGCUGAAUGCCCAGAUUGCGAACGGAGACCUGGCAGCUAACAACGGAGCAAAGAACUUGACCUCCUGCAGCGGAUGACAGUAGAGAUUGUGCGCGUAGAGCAACAACAGCUCGGAGCCCACGAAGAUAUCGUAUCGCGGAAUGACCUAGAACAACGUCCCUCAACCCCAGACAACUUUGCUAGUUGGGCUGUUGACGUUGAGAACAUCGACAUAAACCAUACGCAGAUACUAGACCUGGCUGACCAAUUGGACGUCCUUCAAGAGAGUGUGUGG